GGUAUGUCAUAAAUUAUCAGAGGUUAAUAACUAUUGAAUAAAUUCUAGACGCCAGUUUAUUAAAAUUCAAAUAGAGUCACGAUAUAUCGAUUAAACAAAUUAUUUAUUGUUGUCACAUUACUAAAGUUGACAUUUGCGGUUUCCAUGGUUACUGCCGUUUGUUUGAAUUGGGCACCGCCGUAAACAAAUGAAACUCGGUGGAUUGCAAAUCAUUGAGUACAUAUUUUAUCCAAUAUCAACUGAAAUACGAAUAUUAAGUUGUGUAUUCAAUAAAUAUGUCAUAUGAAAAGUGUAUCUAUUGUUAUUUCUGUUCCGAUUUCGGCAGUCGAAUAGCUUAAGAUUCUGUUGCUCUAUUAAAUAAUCUCAAAUGAACCACAGUCAACAAACCGUUAAGAAGGAAGACCGUAAGAAAGAUGGUUCACAGAAGCAAACUCAGAAAAAGAGUCCUGAAAAGAAUAUGUCGGAAAUCGACGAACAUAUAUUAAAGAGGUUUGAUGUAAAAAAAAGAUUGGGCAAAGGUGCAUAUGGCAUAGUGUGGAAGGCUGUAGAUAAGAAGACGAAGGAUGUGGUGGCAAUAAAAAAAAUAUUUGAUGCAUUCCGGAACCAGACUGAUGCACAGAGGACAUUCAGAGAGAUCAUAUUCCUCCAAUCGUUCCGCAAUCAUCCCAAUAUUGUGAAGCUACACAGUAUACAUAGAGCACUAAACAACCGAGACAUCUACCUCGGCUUCGAAUACAUGGAGACGGAUCUGCACAAUGUGAUCAAACGUGGGAACAUAUUGAAAGACAUACACAAGCGGUACAUUAUGUAUCAGAUGCUGAAAGCGACCAAGUACAUACACUCUGGCAAUGUGAUACAUAGAGAUCAGAAGCCAAGUAAUGUGCUUAUAGACAGUGCUUGCAGAGUGAAGCUAGCCGACUUUGGAUUGGCACGCUCCGUGUCCAGUAUGUAUUCCGGUGGAGAAGAUGGAGCAGACCCGUGCCUCACGGACUACGUAGCAACGCGGUGGUACCGUGCACCUGAGAUACUCAUUGCCAGCAAGAACUACACUAAAGGCAUUGAUAUGUGGUCUCUGGGCUGCAUACUGGGGGAGAUGUUGACCGGGAAACCCCUAUUCCCUGGCACUUCUACUGUAAAUCAGGUGGAGAGGAUCAUGGCGGCGCUGCCUAAACCAUCUUCUGAAGACAUAUCAGCAGUAUGCAGCGGUUACGGUUCCUCAUUAAUACGGGAGCAGGCGGCCUCUGCCAGUGGUGGAACUUCAUUAACCGCACUGCUCUCCUGUGCCCCACGCGACGCGGCUGACCUCGUCCAAAGACUCCUUGUCUUCAAUCCGGCGAAGAGGCUUAGCGCUGAGAGAGCGCUGGACCAUGAAUAUGUUGGGAAAUUCCAUCGUGAGCGCGACGAGCCUACGUUACCAUCAGACGUGCUGCUACCACUCAGGGACGAUAAGCAGGUAUCCGUGGAUGACUACAGGAACAAGCUGUACAGCAUCAUGGCCAAGGGAUCCAACUCCAACGGUCAACUGAAGAAAAUGCACAGCAGCAAAUCGCAUCCCCUGCCGUCAACCGCCAGCAAAAGCAGCAAAUCCAUCCACGAAGCCGAAAAAUACAAGCCAAAAACCGUAUCAGCCGACCAGAAGACCCGCGCGAAGAAACCAAUCAAGGAGUAUAGGUCAGAGCAGCUCAUUAACAAGCCACUACGAGCCACCAAAGUGUAUAGCCACGACUGGCUGGAGACCAGCUGCCAAGGCGACUACUUUCAGCCACUAAACAGCCACCAGAGUCCUUCCGACCAUGGGUUCUUGAAUGGGAACAAGCCGUCUUUACAGCAAAGAAGGAAUUCUACUUCGUUCUCCACUGUGACUAUAGGCGGGGAUGCUGACUAUGGACUCAGGAAUCAGAGGCAUGGGGUCAUCACUGCCAGUGCCCUAAUGGACCUCCGUACAAGCAUACGUUGAGGUGAAGGUAAGGUGGCGUGGAAUGAAUCUCAUUUCGUUAACAUAGUCCAGGAGCUGGUAGCAAUUUCGAGUAUAUAUUAUACUUUUGUAAAAGUUGAAUUUUGUUUAAUCUCAACAUCACCCAAAUAUGGAAACGUAUAUCAGAGUAACAUUUUUAUCUGGAAUUCACGAGUUGGUAUUUUUUUUUUAUUUUUUGAUAUAGUCUUUUUUUCAACCGACUUCAAAAACAAGGAGGUUCUCAAUUUCCUUUUGUUACUUCUUAUUUGCGUCAAUUAUAAACCAAUUUGGGAAAUUCUAUGUUUAUCUGAAAGGAUAUACUUGUACAUGGGGUCCUUAAAAAUUUUAUUAAAAUUUCUUUUUGUAGUUUUUAAAUAUAAUAACGUAUUUUUCCAUAACUGCAAUCGAUUUUUUUUAACAAUAUAAAGUUUUGUCGUGUGAUCCCGGAAUAGAAUAGGCCACCCCUUCCUUUCCCGUGGGUGUCGUAAGAGGCGACUAUAGAAGGGCGAGGGAUGGGCAGCAGCGUUCCUUUUAAAAUAUCUCCAAAGCCUUACUGCGGCUGCCAAUCUUUCUGUCACGCGUGAUAACUACUGGCAAGACACCCCCCCCCCCCCUACAUUGGACUGGACAGUGGACAUUUAACGGCUGGAUAUGAUGAUGAUGAAAUUAUUUCAUAUAUCGUAUUUUUAAAUUCUUAAAUAUCUGUUAAUCCUUUUAUACAUAUCUUUCUUGUAUAAUCUUCUUCUUCUAUCUAUCUUCUAUACUUAUAAUAAAUCUGUACAGAGGUCAAUUCUGUACAUGAAAUAUAUUUCCAAAAUAACUAUCAAGGGGUGAUUGGUGAUAGAUACUGAUGCCAAAAAUGCAAUCAGUAAAAUUUUUGUCUGUCUGUCUGUAUGUUCGUUAUAGAAACAAAAAGUACUCGACGGAUUUUAACGAAACUUGGUACAAUUAUUCUUCAUACUCCUGGGCAGGUUAUAGUAUACUUUACAUCACGCUACGAUCAAUAGGAGCGGAGCAGUGAAGGGAAAUGUGUCUGUUACAUCAAAACCACUGAACCGUGAGGAAGGACAUAGGCUACUUAUUUUACGAAAAACGACGGAAACGCGGACGGAGUCGCGGGCAAAAGCUAGUAAUAAAUAUGAUGUAAAACAUUAUUGUAAAUUAUUUUUAAUUUUUUUUU